AUGGAGGAUGGUGAUUUGGUGUUUGAGAUGUUUUCGGAUACAUGGUUAAAGCGGAGCUGCCAGAUGAGCGGCGAGCUGCAACCCUUUGAGCUCAUCUACGCCAUCCCUGUCUCCAGCAAGCUGAGCGAUGCUCGUGUUGGUGAUGUGAAACGAUUUCUGGCGGAGACGCUGAGUGUUCCGCACGGCCGCUUGCAGCUUCUGGGUCCAGACUCUUUCUUGGAAGAUGCGGUGCCAAUCGCUGCCUUGGGACUCGAAGAUGUGUCUGUUUGCAUAUUACCUGAUGCGCUGGAAACUCGUUUCGCCAAAUAUGCUGGAGUGGCAAGCUUUGAUGAGCUGCAGGGAUGUGCAGAAUUGAACAUUUCUCACAAAGGGCUCAAGGUAUUGCCGGAGCGUUUCGGGCUCACAUGCAGCCGCUUAAAGUCAUUGCAAUUGACAUCGUUGCAGCUCCGGAGUUUACCAGAUAGCUUUGGCCUCCUUUCAGCAAUGGAACGUUUGGCCAGAGGCCCAAAUUCCUAUGAUUCUUGA